AUGGUGGGCAAGUCCAUCGCCGUGCGCGGGACGCGCACGGCGCCGCCGAGCCGGCGCCGCCGCGCCGCCUGGCAGCGCGCGGCGAUCAUCGAGAGCUACGAGCUGGCGAACCCGGCCAUGAUCGACUCCGGCGACGUCGAUGUGCUCCUGGCCAAGUACGCGGGCGGCCUCGGGCGGCUCCUGCAGCGCGUCCAGGUCAAGUACGACCUCGUGGCCCUCGACGGCUGCCUCAUGUACCGCAAGGCGCCGGGCGCCCGCUGGAAGGAGGUCUCCGCGGAGCUCCACGCGCGCGGCCGGCUCGCGCUCUACCGCUGCGACGGCGACGAGGCGCGGCGCGCGUUGCGGGCCCUCGCGGCCUUCGGCGGCGCCGCGGACGGCGUCGCGCUGCCCACGGGCGUGUCCGUCGUGGGCUGGGUCGACGCCCGGACCCUGGCGUCGGCGACGGCGCGCGACGAGGACGGCGGCCGGUACCCCUUCGUCGUCCAAGCGGGCGGCGAGACGGGCCUCGCCGUGACCCUCGCGGCGCGGACGUCAAACGAGCGCGGCGCCUGGCUCGCGGCGCUCCGCGAGGUCGCGUCCUACUUCCGGGACCUCCGGCGCGAGGCCUCGAAGGUCCGCCGCGCGGCCGCGCUCGAGCGCCGCGCGGUCGCCGAGUCCGCGGCGGCCCAGCUCCAGGCCGAGGUCGCGCGGGCGCUGGAGCUCCGGGCCGCGGGCGACGACCUCGCGCGGGCCGGCGACGCCUUCGGCGCGCGCGAGGCCUACGACGGCGCGGAGCGAGCGGCGGCGGCCGUCGCGGGUCUCGCGCGCGUCGCGGAGCUGGACCCGUCGCUGCUGGCGCUCGUCGAGGGCGAGGCCAAGGCCGCCGCCGCGGCGGCGCGGGCGCUCGACGAGGCCGCGCCGCGCGAGUCGUCGCUCGGCGAGGCGUCCGUCGGCGAAUUCGCCGCGGCGCUCCUCGAGAGCGUCGGGGAGGCCAAGGAGGCGGCCCCGGCGGAGGCGCCCGUGGCCCUGGAGAUCGCGGGCGACGAGGGCCCGCUGGGCAUGAAGCUCGAGCCGCGCGCGGGCGGCUUCGUCGUGCUCGCGGUCGAGGGCGCCGGCGCGGCCGCGGCCGCGGGCGUCCGCGCGGGCGACGUCGUCGUCGCCGUCGCGGGCCGCUCCCUCGCGGCGGAGGACUGGCCCGAGGCGGGGCCGCCGGGGCCGGCCAUCUUCAAGCCCCGGCCGCUCCGGCUGGCCGUCGUCCGGGGCGAGCCGAGCCGCGCGUCGCUCGCCGACGCCGCCGUCGACGCGGCGGCCGGCGCGGCCGGCGACGCGCGCGCGCGAGAUCCGAGCGAGCCGAGCGAGCCCCGCUCGCGCGCGCCGAGCCGCGCGUCGCUCGCGGACGCCGCCGUCGAGGCGUCCGGCGCGCCCGGCGACGACGACGCCGACGCCGCCGACGAGCCGCGCGCGAGCCUGGCGAGCGCGGCGAGCUCGGAGCCGGAGCACGAGCACCGCCCGAGCUUCUUCUACCGCGAGCAGGCCCCGGCGGCCGCCGAGCCGGCGCCCCCCGCCGCGCCGGUCUGGCCGCCGCCCAAGGAGCCCGAGCCCGCGCCGGUGCGGGACAGCGUCGAGGCGCUCAAGAACGCGCCGCGGAGCCCCGCCGGCUGGCGCGCGCGGGCCGCGGCGGCGCCCGCGCCGCCCCCCGUCCGCGACAGCGUCGAGGCGCUCAAGAACAUGCCGCGGGACCCGGAGUGGGGCGCCCAGCUCCGCGCGGCGCCGCCCGAGCCCCGGUGCGGCCGCGCGCCGCAGAAAUCGACGGCCGUCUGGCCGCCGCCGAAGGCCGCGGAGGCGCCGACGGUCCGCGAGUCCGUCGACGCGCUCGCCGGCGCGGCGCGGCCCGCGUGGCCGCCGCCGGCGCCCGCGGCGGGGGCGCCGUCGGCCCCCGCGCCGCGCUACGGCCACUGGGAGCGCGAGAGCCACAGCAUCUGGCGCGGCAGCGUGCUCCUCGACGGCCCGCCCUCGGACGCGGACGAGAACUCCGACUGGGGCGACGACGCCAUCGCCGACGACGACGACGACGCCAUCGGCGAGCCCGAGGACGCCGGCGAGGACUUCGCCUUCGACGAGUGCGACGACGACGCGCUCACGCACGGCGGCUGGUCCGACGUGUCCUCGAUGCCGGACGACGCCGAGGACGAGCUCGGGCGCCCGUCCUUCGCGGGCCGAACCCUGGACAUCUAG